AUUUUUCAGGUACAUUCCAUUGACAUUUGAGUGUUUUUCGUGAUUACUUACAAGGUUUGUUGGUGAUCGCGCAGAGUGGCCAAGGGUGGUAAUGGAGGCGUGAAUUGAGGUCACACCAGAGACAUGAGGUAAUAGCAGCAGCAGCAGAGAGAGUGGUUGGUUGAACGAAUCGAGUGGAUGCGUGAGAAUGACAAUGCGUUUGAGCCGCGGUGGGUCCCGCAGGACUAUGUUCUGCGUCGUAUUCCUCGUUCUGCUCGUCCUGGUAAUGAUGCUGCGACUGGGCAUACUCUGCUACACGGAGGAAGAGCUACCAGCUAUGGUCACGGCCGACAAAUACGUUAUGGACGGAGACAAGAAGUACCCUUAUAAUAGGGAAAUGCCCUUGAUCUUUAUUGGAGGAGUGCCCAGAUCUGGAACGACGUUGAUGAGAGCUAUGCUAGAUGCUCAUCCCGAUAUAAGGUAA